AUUGUGGGUAUUGAAGUCGUUAAGGCCAACCGUCGGAAAAGGAGGAGGUGACACCAAUUAACAGCAAGUAAAGGCCUUUAAAAACGUGCAUUCCUGGACGUGAUGACCGAACGAACCGCUCAGAUAUUAGUUGACUUUCCCGGCCCUUCUUCACCCUGCUGACAGCUGCUUGCCGGAGUCCAGAUGAACGGGAAAGCUCCCUCCAGGACCCGAUGAUUACAGGGCAGCUGAGCAAGCCACUGCUCUCCCUGCGCAGCGACAUGAGCGCGGCGGAGCUCCGGGCGGACGGCAAAGCGGGCAGCCCGGACAGCGACCUGAACGACGAGCCCCUGCUCCUGUCCUCCGAGGCCGCGGACGCGGAGGGCAGCGCCAACAAGCUGUACGGAGCUCGUGACGGUUCGGUCCAGUCCGACACCAGCAGCAGUCCUUCUGAGCAGAGUCACCUGGGCCAGUCCCACCCAGCAUUCCCAAUGGGUCCACAGUCUCUCCUGGUGGCCCAGCAGCUGGCCAACGCAGUGGGCGGCGUGAUGUCCGGGGGGGCGCCGGGCAUGAACCAGCCCAUCCUCAUCCCGUUCAACGCGGGCGGACACCUGGGGGGCCAACAGGGCCUCGUUCUCUCCCUGCCCACAGCCAACAUCCAGAGCCUGGUGGCUGCUGCUGCCGCAGGGGGCAUCAUGACGCUCCCCCUCCAGAACCUGCAAGCUACCUCAUCACUGAGCUCCCAGCUCCAACACCUGCAGCAGCUCCAACAGAUGCAGCAGCACCACCACCAGCAGCAGCAGCAGCAGCAACACCAUCACCAACAGACCCUCGCCCACACCCAGAACCAUCACAUGACCCCGCCCAGCCAGCAGCAGACCUCUGUCCCGUCUCCGGGCUCCACCUGCUCCUCCACCUCCGGACAGCCGCAGCACUCCCCGCCGCACCGGCCCAACCAGUCGCCGGCUCGCAGCCUUCCUUCGCCCGUCACCCCACCCAUGCCUUUGCCGCAGCUGAAUCCAUUGGCCAGCCAGGCGGCGGUGGCAGCGGCAGCCGCCAUGGGAUCCAUCGCCGGGUCUCAGGUGUUCGGCAACGCCUUGUCAAACCUGCAAGGAGCCACCGGACAGCUGGUCACCAACGCACAAGGACAGAUAAUUGGAACAAUCCCGCUGAUGCCCAACUCUGCAGGGCCCUCCAGCCAAUCAGGGGGUGGCAACCCAGCACUGCAGGUACAGCCAAUUACACCUCAGCUUCUGACCAACGCUCAAGGCCAGAUCAUCGCCACGGUGAUCGGCAAUCAGAUCCUGCCUGUCAUCAACACCCAGGGAAUCACGCUGUCACCAAUCAAGCCUGGACAGCAGCUGCCUCAGACUCAGCAGGGUCAGACUGCAUCGUCUCAGCCCAACCUGCUCCACAUGCCCCACAGACAGAGUCCUCUCCACCAGGCCUCCUCCUCCUCCUCCACCUCCUCCUCUUCCUCGGCUCUCAGCGUGGGGCAGCUGGUCAGCAACCCGCAGACCGCCCCCAGCGAGGUGGACGGGGUCAACCUGGAGGAGAUUCGGGAAUUCGCCAAAGCGUUCAAGAUCCGCCGGCUGUCCCUGGGUCUGACCCAGACUCAGGUGGGCCAGGCGCUGAGCGCCGCCGAGGGGCCGGCGUACAGCCAGUCCGCCAUCUGCAGACACACCAUCCUGAGAAGCCACUUUUUCCUACCACAGGAAGCCCAAGAGAACACUAUAGGUAGCAGUCUGACAGGCAAACUGAACCCUGGCCUUUUAUAUCCUGCCAGGUUUGAGAAGUUGGACAUCACCCCUAAAAGCGCCCAGAAGAUUAAGCCCGUUCUGGAGCGCUGGAUGGCCGAGGCUGAGGCCCGCCACCGAUCCGGCAUGCAGAACCUGACUGAGUUUAUCGGCAGCGAGCCUUCCAAAAAACGCAAGCGGAGGACCUCUUUCACCCCGCAGGCGCUGGAGAUCCUCAACAGCCACUUUGAGAAGAACACGCACCCCUCCGGACAGGAAAUGACGGAAAUAGCCGAGAAGCUGAACUACGACAGGGAGGUGGUGCGCGUCUGGUUCUGCAACAAGAGGCAAGCGUUGAAAAACACAAUAAAGCGCUUGAAACAGCCCGACCUCGGCCCGGCCGCGCCGAUGGACCCGCUCACCGAUUCUCUAGAGGAGCUGCCGAAAUAAACGUGCUGAAAAGCGGCGGCGGCGGCGCGGCGAAGAGGCCGCCAUCGGGGGGAAACAACCGAGGGCCGAUGAACUGAGGGGAAAAAAAGCCCGUUUCCAAGUCACCUGGAUGGACAGUCUUGAGUUUGCAAACAAAAACUAUGUGUUGUCAGUGUGGUUACCACCGCUAUGUAAAUGACCUCGGCGAAACCAAAAAACAUGAAAAAAAAGAGAUUAAUAUCUGAGAAUUGUGUAAAAACAUACGGUGUGCUGUUUCAAAGAGUUUUAGAUCGCCCACAUUUUGGUUCCCGCGAGGAGGGAUUUAGUAAAGAGAUCAUACCAAAUCAAAACACUAUUUACCAAAGUCUGUUGCAUCUGAGUACUAAGAAUAAUUUUGUAAUGUAAAUGUGCUCUAAAUUUUUACAUUUGUACUGGCAAAUCUAAGCUAUAUGUGUGAGGUUGAGUAUACAUUUUAUCUUUGUCUCGCUUACUUUUUUCUUCAUUUGUAUGUAAAUAUCUUAAAAGAAAAAAAAAUUGAAAAGUGCUGUCUUGAUAUCACACUGAUGACGUUUCUCUUUUGGACAAAAAAAAAAAAAAAAACGUUUGCAUCUGCAAAUAUGUUCAGCCACAGUGUAACUUUGUACAACUUUUACAGGUAUUUAUUAAUAAUCCGGUGAGACGUUUCAGAGUAAACUGAAGGUGAUGAUGAUGAGUUUCAGUGUCCGUCACGUCUCCUGCAGCUUUGUUUGAGCUACUGCGUCUUUCUGUUGCCAAAGCCUGAUAGCCAAAGAACACAUUCCUUUUUUAUUUUACUUUACUUUACAGCUUUACACACCGUUUUUUACUCUGUGGGUCAAAAACGAAAUGAAACACAACCACGUCAAAGAGCCACAGCAGCGUCUGCUGAAAUAUCCACCGCAGCAAUAUGGGAAAUGUGUUGCGUGACUUUUCUUUUAAGCGGAUUUACUUUUGCAUGCCUCAACUCAAAAGCACAUGCAGAAGGAAUAUUUUCAUCAACUUCAUCCCCAAAUGAACUCAAAAGUAACAUUAUUUCACAUUAUUUCUUUCCUGAAGACGCCUGCGACCAAACUACUGAGCCCAUUCAGGUUCACAUGUCUUUAUAACCUGAACAUUUCAACACAAAUAUGCUUCUUCUGCCAAGAUAAUGUUUCCUCUUACAUUCUGCAUUCAUCUCAAUGGGUGUAAAAUUGAAUUUACCUAUUUAUUUACUUAUUUCUGUUACAGUAAAUUGCUUUAAAAGGUACAUUUUUACUGAUUUCAUGUAUCUGUGGUUAUCUGUCAGGUAGAAGGUGACUCUCCAUCACUGUGUACUGAGCUGUUUGUUUUACCUUCUGAGGAUACGUCGACAUUCCAAGCAAGAACGUCCCUUCAAAUAUCUGAAUCCCACAGAAAGCCUCACAGGAAAAGAAAAAAAAAGUGAAUGUUGAGAAUAAGUGUCACGUGUCAAAACGAGUGAACCUAAUUUGAAGUGAGGCAAAAUUUGAUGCAAUUUAUUCAGAAUCAUGUGUCUGCUCGAUAUCUGUCGUCCCGUGUCACAUUGGUAAUCUCAGCCCUUCAGUCCCCGGCGCUCCGUUCUUCUUCACUGCCUCACGCACACACACGAGAAAAACACAUGAAGACGCUUUGCAUCUGCAAGUCAAGUCAUGUGAUCCCAUUUCCUUUAAUGCACAGAUUUUUAUUUUAUUUAUUGGAUCUCAUUUCUUAUUCGUUCAGUUUUAAUUGCAUUUUCCACCCUCACGUUGGUUCCAAUACUUCAUCCAGGCAAAUCUUUGGCCAAAACACCUGCAUUCACCCACCGGACAAACGUUUGAUGAAGCAGCAGGUAGAAAACGGAUCCGUCCUGAGGCUUACCGAUAAAGCUGUAACCAAAACCACAGAAAGGAGUUGCGCCUUUGCUCGACUCUUCAACGCUGGACCAAAGCUCUAUAGUUAUGCACAUUGUACAGAGAAAUAGAUUCAUGAUGUUGACAAUCUUUAAGACCUGAGAUAAAAUAAUUGAACGUAGAAAUGUACAGUAGUUCAUCCAAGGUUUACCUCAGCACUGUUCUGCCAACGCCACACAUGAUUGUUCUAGUUUGGUGAGGUGGUUUCCUGAGCCUUUUGUUUUUAUUACGGUUGCAUUUUGAUCCUCAUUCAUUGUGACGUUCACCUCUCAGUUCUCACUCACCUGUAGACCCGCGUAGAAGAAAAGGAGGCGACCGCGAUGUUGCGCUCGGCCCAGUUAGGAUGACUUGUUAAUAAUCACCUUUGAAUGCUUUUGUGAAAUUGUACUAACACAAAACAAAGUGGUUUGAUUUGGAUUUUUUUUUUUGUUAAUAAAUCAAAGAACUCGAAACCAAAGCUGAAGAGCCUGCAGAAGUUGGUUGUCUUUGUUGUUUUUUUUAUGGACUGAAAGCUGUGCUUAAUCGUUAGAGCAAUAUCUGUUUGGUCAGUCGAGCAGCGCUUUGUGUAUUUCCCAACAAAAAAAAGAAGAAGAAAAAACAAAGAUCUUCGUCUGUCACAUUGAUUUGUACCAUAAUUAGUAAUAAACAAUUGUUUAACAUGAA